UUCGAACGAUCGAUCGUGUGAUCAACAUCGUUAUUUUUUCCGGUGCAAACAGUCCAACAGCAAAUUGUUUGAGUGCGUCGUUUUAUGUGUUACAAACAGUUUAAAGUAUCUACAGUUUGCACAAAGUUUCUAAACAGGUGAUAAUUGCACUAUAACAGAAAAAACAAAAGUGACACAAACAAAAUACAUACCCGAGUUUAUUGUUCGGCUUAAAAUCUAAAUUGUGACAUAAAGAACUUCAAUUAUAGAUAAAAAAGAGUUUAAGACAGAAAAAUGGGUGAUAAUUCUGUUCAAAAUAAUGAGCUUGCAUGGCUUGAUUCUGAGUUCGUUUUUAAAAUAAUCAGCAAACACUCCAAAAUACCUGUUAAGGAAAUUAAAUUAUUUUCGAAGCAACCGGCAACAGCAAAAGGUGAAAAUUAUUCAAGUGUUAUGACAUUACUUAACGUCGAAUAUGUAACUGAACAAAGCAACGGUUCCAAUGAAUCGGCUUCUUUUAUUGUCAAAACUCGCGUUCAAGAUGAAACGUUUGCAGCAAUUGAGGAGGAUUAUAAUAUAUUUGAAAGAGAACUAAAAGUCUAUGAAGUUUUUAUGCCAGAAGCUGAAAGGCUGUUGAGAUCUAUAGGUGAUGAUACAGUUUUUGGGCCAAAAGCUAUUUAUUUAGAAGAUGGCAUAAUUGUCCAAGAAAACCUUAAAGUCAAGGGUUAUCAUAUAUGCGAUGUUAAAAAAGGAUUAAACUUGGAACAAAUCACAUCUUGUUUGGAGAAAUUGGCAAAGUUUCACGCAACCAGUAUGGUUUUGAACAGAAAGAAUCCAGAGAUAUUCAAACACCAUAUGUCAGGAAAUGUUUCAGAAAAUCCAACGCCAUUACAUUACUUAUACGUCUACCCAAUGCAAACAACUAUUGAAUAUUGUAAAAAUAACAAAAACUUACAAAAAUAUGUUCCAAAACUAGAAGAUUUUGCUAGUAAAACCAUACCGAAAAUGAUAAAUGUUUUCAGUAGGGAUAAGGUGGAUCGUUUUCAUGUGUUGAACCAUGGCGACAUGUGGGUGAAUAAUUUGAUGUUUAAAAAUGACAAGGAUGUCUUGUUCGUUGAUUACCAAGAAGGAUAUUUUGGUUCUCCAGGAAUCGAUUUAAACUUUUUUAUGUUUACAUCAUGGCCCACUGAUAUUUUCACAAAUCAUAGAAAUCAACUUUUAGCAGUUUAUCAAAAUGUCCUAAGCGAUAUUCUACAAAGAUUAAACUACGAUCAAAGAAUUCCAACAAUAGAAGAUAUUAAAAAAGAAAUUGUUAAUAAGGGAUUCCAUGGUCUUACAACUGCAACAUGCAUACUACCCAUAAUGAUCAACGAAAAUGCUGAACUUGCUGAUGUUAUGAAUUUCCUUUCAGACACCGAUGAAGCUAAAGAAAACCGACGAAAAGUUUUUAAUAAUCCCGGUUUUGGAGAUCGAUUGAUUGUAUUUUUUGAUUUUUUUAAAGAAAUUGGAAUUUUAUAAGUGAUAUUCUGGGAAAACAAUCAUGUAAUAUAACAUAAUUUGGUGAUCUUAAUGUUAAAUAAAAUAGUUUCUAUAAAUAUUUCAA